AUGACAAGUAAAUUCAAGCAAGUCAAAGAUGCUCUGCACGYAGSCUGGAAGAUUAUCACAUUACAUUAUGUUUACGAGUACCUUUUGUCAAGAACAAUUCAGUUUCUUGUCUUGUCACCAAUUCUGAUCCCUUUGUCGCUGGCGCUUGCGGGGCUUACCAUCUACGUUGCGCUUGGUAUUGCAUUUGUUGUCUGUGGUUUGGUAGUUCUUGCUGUCAUUUCUAUAUCAGGGCCCUUGAUAAGAAUYGUUUUCACGGUGUCUACUUGCUACAUCAUUUAYCAAGUUAUUUUUACUGCUAUGAGCUACGUGAAUUCCAAAUGGCGGAYCYUGUACAAUGAAUUCGGAARCAACAAGGAAGYAGCUAUCUCUAKAACACAGCUUAUCAAARACWGGCUUUCURACGCGCAASGACAUCUUUCAAAUUACAUUGUCACCAAAUGUWCAGGAGUAUAUCAAAAGAUGCAUGAAACAGUACAUGGAUAUCAGUUCGAUGUCUAUCGUCCUAUAAGAGGCAUUGUGGGAUAUACUUUGGAUGUUCUCAUUUUCACGUAUGAAAAUGUUAACAAUCUKCGAAGCAAAAUCGGUGGAAUAUCACUUCGCCUAUUACCACGUAGAUCAUGGAGAACGAAACCAUCAAUUGGUCAAUCUGAGAAAGUCAUACCGACUGAGGAACUUAUACAGAUAGUUGCAAGCGAACAGUCACGGGAUUCUUGCGCUCCGRUCGAUGAAAACGAUCUUGYUCUUCCUCCUAAAUUUCAAACCAAAAGAUUCGCUGAGAACUUGACUGAAAAAACAAUUCAUCCCACAGUGACUAGAAGGCGUUUUAUUUUACCUAGCCCCACACGUGAAGAUGUCAAAGAAAUCUGGAAGCAAACCAAGCAAGUACAGGAAAGAUACAAAGCUGUUAUGCUACAGCUUCAUUAAGUAAAAAAUCUGAACAUUGAUUUUGACUCAAACA